GCUAUGAGGAGCGUGACACAACACACACACACACACACACACACACGCACACAAACAGACACACACGGUAGAGUUCCACCGGCGCCAUUCACCGCAAUCACGUCUCUAACCACCGGCCAUUGAGCGCAAAAGGCGUGCGUUGUUGCCGAGAGAGCAGGAGAGAAGUAUUUCAAAAAAGAAAGCAAAGGAGACGAACAAAGCUAACAGCCAUCCAAUGUCUCGUUGGCACGGCCUCCUUCUCGGAGGAGCGCGCAGCCGCAGCAGCAGCAAAAGCAGCCAUCCUUCGCAACGUUCUUCCUCCGUCACCACCGCCGCCGUGCGGCUCGGCUCGCUUGUCGUUCUCUGCCUCGUCAUCGCCCACGUCGCGGACGCAGCCGUCUACACCACCGCUCUCUCUGCUGCAAAUGUACCCGGAAGCGGCGCGGCCGCCGCCAACCCUCUUGGCGGCCUCUAUCACGCCUGUCUUACCUCGCAAAACGCCUCCGCCUCGUCAACGGAUCGCAAUACACUGACGGUUCGCACCGGGGCGAUGGCAGACCUCCUCAGCCUGACGGUCGGCAGCGGCACCUACUACAUCGCCGGCUACUACGACGACGUGGCGAAGGGGUGGUUCUGGAGCGACGGCGCGUCCGGUGCGGCGACGCAGUUCGGGCAGGGUCCCUUCUCCGCCCCGGUGAACAACCUGCUUGUGCUGAACUGGGUGCAGGACUACCCGCAGGUGGAGCCCGGCACCAAGGAGAUCGGGAAGUUGAAGUACAUGGUGUACGACGGGUCACGGAAGGGCUGGAUCAACGUGGCAGGGACGGGCACCUACGACGGGGUGGUGUGCGAGUCGCAAGACAGGCCGUCGCAAGCGAAGAAGAAGUUCCCGUGGUGGGCGAUUCUCAUCAUCGUCCUCGGCUGCGUGGCAGCCGUUGUCAUCUUCAUUGUGAUCAUCGUGCGCUGCUGUUGCAAGAAGACGGCGGAUGGCCGCGGCGCCGGCGAGGUAGACUCCGACGAGGAGGGAGAGGCAGAAGAUGAACGCAAGUCCUUCCGAUCCAGCCGGAGCGGGUCCAUGUACACCCGCUCGCGCUCGAACAACUCCUUCGGCUCUCGCCGCUCGGGUGGCAGCGUCGCGAGCAACAAACUUAGUCGGGCGAGCAUGUCGAGGAAAUCCAGCUACUCCUACUCCUACUCGGACUCCUCAAGGGGCUCCUACGUGAGUGGACGAAAUCCGUCCGCUCGUAGCCGCUGGACCUCGUCCUCUGAGAGCUACUCGUCGUACAGCGGCAGCGACUCCCCAUCGAGCUCGCUGCUCUUCUAA